UAAUAUCUCAAAAGUCAAUUGAGGUUCUACAUAAUUAGCCAUUAAAAAAUAUAUAAAAAAUUGACAAUAAAAAAUUCUCUCUAUCAACUGUUCACUACAGAAACCAACGACAAUGGCAGUUCUCGACAUCUCCGUCACUUGUGAAGACCCAAUUGGAGGCUCAGAACGUCACACUCAUCUGAGUAGUGAAAGAAAAACCCUUCAUAAACCUCUAUUCGCCCAAUGUCUUCGAUUGGGCUCUCUCUAAAAUUGACACUACCCAGCGACGCUCCCUUUCCCAUUUCUGCUUUUCAUUCCCAUUCCAACCCGAGAAAGAUCAGUCCUACAUUGAGAUUCGGGCCCAGAAUGGCCGUGGCGGCUCCGACGAACUUUGGUUUUAAGGAUUUGAUGGAGACUAUCAUGGUGGACGUCCACAGAGCCGAGAAUAGGCCCCUGAAUGUUCCUCUGAUUGCACCUUUUACGAUCGCGACAUGUCGGCUUGAAAAGGUCGAGAAUGUUGCGAUUCGAAUCGAAUUGAAAAAUGGGUGCGUUGGGUGGGGUGAGGCCCCAAUUUUGCCAUUCGUUACGGCCGAGGAUCAGCCUAUUGCCAUGGCUAAGGCAACCGAGGCUUGCGAGUUCUUGCGCCGGUGUCCCGAGAUGACCCUUAGUUCGGCUUUGGGAGAGAUCAGUGGGAUUCUUCCGGGACAUGAGUUUGCUUCUGUUAGAGCGGGAGUGGAGAUGGCAUUAAUUGAUGCAGUUGCGAGCGAUAUUGGGGUGCCUCUGUGGAGAUUGUUUGGUGGAGUUUCAAACACCAUAACCACUGAUAUAACAAUUCCAAUUGUUCCCCCAGCUGAUGCAGCUGCAUUGGCUUCAAAGUACUGCAAACAAGGUUUCGGAACAUUGAAACUUAAGGUGGGAAAGAAUCUAAAUACAGAUAUUGAAGUUCUUCAGGCCAUACGAGAAAUCCACCCAGAUUGCCUUUUCAUCUUGGAUGCUAAUGAAGGAUAUAAACCAAUGGAAGCUGUUGAAGUUCUUGAAAAAUUACAUGAAAUGGGAGUUACCCCUAUUUUGUUUGAACAACCAGUUCAUAGAGAUGAUUGGGAUGGCCUUGGUUAUGUUACCCAUAUUGCAAGGAAUAAAUAUGGUGUAUCAGUGGCAGCUGAUGAGAGCUGUAGAAGUGUAACUGAUGUAAAAAAAAUAGUUGAAGGAGAUCUUGCUGAUGUCAUAAAUAUUAAGCUUGCCAAAGUUGGGGUUGUUGGGGCCCUUGAAAUUAUUGAGAUAGCCAAAGCAUCUGGAUUGAAAUUGAUGAUUGGUGGUAUGAUUGAGACAAGAUUAGCUAUGGGAUUUUCUGGCCAUCUUGCUGCUGGCCUUGGGGUUUUUCAGUUCAUAGACCUGGAUACACCACUGCUGCUUUCAGAAGAUCCAGUUCAUGGAGGUUAUAAAGUUUCUGGUGCUGUAUAUGAGUUUACAAACUCCAGAGGCCAUGGCGGGUUCCUUCACUGGGAUGAAAUUGCUUAAAUCAAGAUCUGCGAGCAAUUUCAAAGCUUCGCAAUGACAAAUUUUAUAAGCUCCCUGUAAUUGGUCAUCACAAUAAUGCUGAAAAGCAUCUGAUUGCUUGUGUAAACGAAUUUAUGGAUCCUCUAGUUUUAACAAAUUUGGGAAACUAUGCAUCUUUUGGCGACUUCCUUUUACUGUAACAGUAAGUUUGUAAUAUCAAACCUUCUUUUUGUCAAGGGAAACUUUUAAUUGGUCAGAGGUUGUAUUUAGUGGCUUUCAUAAAGAGUGCAAGAGUUUUAUGUUUUCAGGUAGUUGUUAUGAAUGAAAGGAUGAUCUUCAUCUUAUGCAGCCUCCAAGAUUGUGGUAGAAAAUCUGGGGAUUACUUUUUGGGAUCGUUUGGUAUGCAGUUUUUAUUUUAUGAGAAUAGGUUUAAUAUUGCUUAGAGUGUGAUGAAGGAAAUUAUAAACUUAGGAAAGCAAUAUUCCGGUAUGCUCAAUAAUAUUAUAAAGAUGUAUGAGAAUAUGAAGAUUACUUUGUUUGCUUGACAUAGGAAUGAAAUGUGUCAAUUUUUUCUUUACAA